AUGUCCAUUUUUGAUCCAUUGGGACUGGCAGCUUGCCUCACAUCAUAUUUAAAAAUACUUAUUCAGGAUAUUUGGAGAAGCGGAAUCGACUGGGAUCAACCACUGGUACCCGAUCUUAUGGGCAAGUGGUUAGCUUGGGUUGCCUACAUGCCUAUUUUUGCUAAUAUUUCUGUACCCCGUUGUUAUUCACCAUACAUAACAGAAAGUUCAUGUGAUGUACAAAUUCAUACAUUCGUAGAUGCGAGUGAGUUUGCUUAUGCAGCUGUAUCAUACUUCCGCAUUAAAGAUAAAUAUGGAGUAAGUACGAGGAUCGUAGCAGCAAAAACCAAAGUCGCUCCAAUGCGACCGAUGUCUAUUCCAAGAAUGGAGCUACAAGCUGCUGUAAUUGGUACACGGCUUAUGAAUACAAUAUGUAAAGUACACACAUUUGAUAUUAAAAAGCGUUUCAUUUGGAGCGAUUCCAAAACGGUGCUAAAGUGGUUGCGUGGUGAUCCACGUCAAUUUCAACAAUUCGUAAUGUUUCACAUUGCAGAAAUUCAAGAAGCAUCAACCGUGGAAGAGUGGAGAUGGGUACCCACGAAAUUAAAUACUGCAGACAGUGCAACGAAAACAAAACAAAGUCCCGAAUAUGUGCAGCGGUGGGUCGAAGGACCAGAAUUUUUGCUACAAGACGAGGAUAAAUGGCCAACUGAGGUGGACUUAGGUCCGAUGGAGACCAGUGAAACUCGUGCAAAAUUUUUAUAUCAUCGCGAGACACAACCAUGUUUCAAUUAUGAAUAUUUUUCAUCCUGGAUCAAGUUGUAUCGUGUAGUUGCAAAUUGGCUACUCUACAUUGGGAAACUAAAGGCUCGUUGUGGCGGUUUCAAUGCUAUUUUGACUGUUCAACAUAUUGAGCGCGCGAAGCUCUUAAUAUACAAAAGCGUGCAACAGGAACUACUUGAAGAUUGGUCGACACUGAAAAUGGGGAGAAUAGUAGAAAGGAACAGUCCGUUAUAUAGGUUGCAGGUGUAUAUGGAUAACAAUGAGCUCAUAAGAGUAAAAAACAGAGCGAGUAACUUUACGUAUGAGUGUAAACCUCAAACUGAUUUUAUUUUCUUACCGCCAAAACAUAGAGUAUCGUACCUUAUAUGUGCGCACUAUCAUGAACGAUUUUAUCACAUCCAACAUGAAACUGCUUUAAAUGAGGUCAGACAAUUGUAUUUCAUACCAAAAUUAAGACCAUUAUUCAAAUCGAUGCGACGAAACUGCAACGUAUGUAAAAUUUCAUCGGCAAUACCUCAAGCGCCGCAAAUGGCCUUACUUCCCCCAGCACGACUAGCAGCUUUUCAACGUCCAUUUACUCAUGUGGGUAUUAAUUAUUUUGGACCAAUGGUGGUUAUUGAGAAUCGCAAAGCACUGAAAAGGUGGGGUGUUAUAAUAACUUGUUUGACUAUCAGAGCCGUUCACAUCGAAAUCACCCCUAGUCUUAGUACUGACUCAUGCCUAAUGUGUUUAAGAAAUUUUAUUGCCAAACGAGGAGAACCUAUCACCAUCUACAGCGAUAAUGCAACGAAUUUUCAUGGUGUCGAGAACGUUUUAAGAAAGGAGUUAAAGAACAUUGAUUCCUCGGUUAUGCAACACAAGCUAGCUCAUCAAGGAAUAGACUGGAAAUUUAAUCCACCGGCAGCACCACAUAUGGGAGGAGCGUGGGAGCGACUGAUUAGAACAAUUAAGACAGUGCUGUAUCAAAUUUCUCCAUCUCAACGUUUUACGGAUGAAAGUUUACGUACUGCAUUACUUGAAGUUGAAAUGAUCAUCAACUCGCGUCCUUUAACCUACGUGUCACUCGAUAGUGAAGAUGAGGAUCCAAUAACUCCAAACCAUUUCUUGUUGGGGAGCGCUAAUGGUUUGAAACCAUUUUGUGAUGCUAAGAGAAUCGAUCCAAAGAUGUGCCUGCUACAAUCUGAGAUGUUUGCAAAUCAAUUUUGGCGACGAUGGGUGCGUGAGAUACUUCCGACAUUAACGCGUCGCGGCAAAUGGUUCAAUAAAGUGAAACCCAUUACGGUAGGAGACGUUGUGCUGAUAGUUGAUGAAACGGCUAAGAGAAAUACUUGGGUAAAAGGCAUAGUUAUCGAGAAAACUGUAGCGAAAGACGGCCAAGUAAGACGAGCUAAGGUCAAAACAACAAAAGGCUUUUUGGAGCGCCCUGCCGUAAAGCUGGCCAUUCUGGAUAUCGGCAAAGUUGACGCAAACGACAUUGGGGUCGCCUGCAGGGAGGAGAAUGUUGCCGAAAAUUGCUAA